AUGGGCCAUUUGCGGGAGAACGGAGUGAGUCCAAGCAGGGCGCCUGCGGUAGGGAAUCCGUACAAGCCCAUGCCGUCUACAACGCCGUUCAAGCGCGCGGAUGUAAAGUCGACUCCGUCGCGCACAGGUCGGGUGGCGUUUGGAGAUAAGACGAACCAGUCCCCAUCCCCUGCACGGCGCACGAGUCCUUUGAAGCGGGGCUUUGGCUCGCCGUCCAAGCCGCAAGGCUCGCGCACCGACCUGCAGCAGCACAUGUCGGAAAGGCCGUUCACGCGCCACCUUGUCACGCCUGCGGGCAACAUUGGGCGCGCAGACCAAAACAAAGCGCGCAUGAGCAACUUGUACCCAGUGCCGCCGGUGCAAGAGACGACUUGUGCACCGCCCGCCGAUGCUUUGUGCGAAGAGGACACGUACCCGCCGAUCGAGUACAUGCCGCCCCACGCGCCUGCACCUCGGUACACGUUCCCAGCAGAGCUGGACGGGAUGCCACGGGCCGCAGAGGCGCACUCGCUGCUCUCGUCCGCACCGCGCAUGGGCUUUGACUCGGGCGGCGCAAACGGGCUGCUUGAGAGUGUAGCUCCUGUGCCUUUUGCCCCGAUGCCGUCGGAUCCACCAGCGUCACGCUCCAAGGCGCACGCCUCGCUUGGGCCGCGCCGUACAGGAGGCGCUGUGCGCGAUAUACCCCGCCGGCCCGAUUUCGUGCACGAUGCGCUCGCCGCCGCUGCUGCGCGGCAUGUGGAAAAUACAGUAGACCAAGAAUUUUCAUUAUGA